AUGAAUCAGGAGAGAGGAAGACACUCGAUCCACAAAUCCCCUCAAGCGAGCUUCAGCAAGGAGACAGCUAUGGUUGUCGAUUCGCUUCACCUUGCUCAUUAUUCCGUUGGAUUGGGAAUACUAGUAUUAAUAUCCUAUGCGAUUCCAUACCUUCUGGACCCGUACAACUACCGCCACAGGUUUCCCGGCCCACGACUGGCAGCUUUUACGAACUGGUGGAUGUUCCGCCUUGUGCGGAGUGGCCACCAUAGUGAAGCUGUCAAGGAGCUUUAUGAGAAAUAUGGUACCUUUGUGCGACUGGGACCAAACCAUAUUAGUAUCGCUGAUCCGGAUGCUUUCGAGAGUGUCUACGGGCACGGGAAAGGAUUGCUAAAAUCCGAAUUUUACCAUGCAUUUCAAGGUGGCCCCGAAACUGAUACAUUCAACGCGCGCAAUAAAGCCGAGCACUCAAGUCGCGGGGUCUCUGGAAUCAAUUGGGUUGCGGAAAAUGGGAAAGCGGUCAUCAAUGUUUGUGCUCAGUUCUCCUACCUCGCGUUCGAUAUAAUUGGCGACCUGUCUUUGGGAUCUCCAUUCGGACUUGUUCAGGCUCAAAAGGAUUCUUCCCUAUCUGUUGAAUCUGUUGAUGUAUCAGGAGAAACCAAGCAGGGAACAGUAGAGAUACCGAUUGCCAGAACCAUAGCUGGCGGACUGGCCCAAUGCACGACAAUAGGUUUAUUCCCUUCGUGGGCACAUAACAUCCAUAUGUUCCUUCCUUGGAAUGCUCUAGCUCUCUUUGACCGGUUAAGAUUCUUCAAGCUGGCCACGACACUAGUAGAUGCGAGGCUCAAGCGUGGCUCUGGGAAAGAUAUGGAGGACGGAUCCGGAAAGCGAAACAUCGACCUAAUUGACAAGUUGAUUGAAAUCCAAGACGAGAAUGGGAAUCCUUUACCGAAAGAUGAAAUGAUUGCAGAGGCAGUCCUCCUGCUGGUCGCUGGUAGCGACACUGUAAGCAACAACUUGUCCUCCUUGUUCUAUCACUUGGCAAUGCAACCCGAGAUCCAACAAGAGCUACAAGCCGAGCUUGAUAAGCACAUUAUUUACGAUGACUCUCACAGAUACGAAGUUAAAGAAGGUGUUGCAGUCCCAGGAUACGAUGUGGUCGCGUGGUACGACGACAUCAAAGGACUUCCUUUCCUUAACGCUUGUGUCAAAGAGACACUACGUAUUCACUCAACGGUCGGCAUUGGCCUACCGAGGGUUGUUCCACCUGGAAAAGAGAUCAGAAUCGCCGGACAGACAUUCAAGCCGGGCAGCGUCAUUAGCGUGCCUUCUUAUACCACCAAUCGUGCGAGCGUAUGGGGCAGCAAUGCAACGGAGUUUCAACCCAAACGUUGGCUCGACGAUAAAUCUGGUUCGCUAAGCAAGUAUUUUGUCCCCUUUUCCGUAGGACCAAGGGCUUGCAUUGGUCGAAACCUAGGAUAUAUGGAGCUCAUGUUAAUUGCCGCAACACUCGUCCGUCGCUAUGAUAUCGAAGCACUUCCUAUUACUAAAAUGGUUACUCACGAAGGGUUCACUCGCGAGGCGGUUCAUUGCGAAGUAGCGAUCAAACGUCGAAAGGCAUAA